AUGUCUGACCGAAUUUCUUCGGUCCUGGAAUUGGAAGACGCCAACCGUCGGACGCCGCUUUCAUACGCAGCCGAACGCGGUGAAAUCGAUGCCGUCUCGGGGCUUUUGAAUAAGGCUGCAAGCUAUCAGGCUGUCGAUGCCUUGGGGAGGACCCCUAUUUUCUGGGCUGCCAUCCAAGGCCACGACAGUGUGAUCAAGGAGCUUAUAGCGUAUGGAGCAGAGUGGAAGAUUGAGGAUGCUUCUGGUCGAACUCCUCUAUCCUACGCCGCUGAGAAGGGACACAUUGAUGCAGCUUGCGAGUUGGUGACGGCCGAGGCCCCUGAGGAGUCGUCAGAAGGGGAAGACGAGGAGCAGCAGGAGGAGGGUUCAGAUGAAGGAGACAGUGAAAAUGGUCCCGACAACGACUCUGAUGAUUGCUCCAUGGCUUCUACCGCUUCCAUCGUCUUGCCAUUGAACCACGCGGUCCGCCGGGGGGAUGAGGCCGCCGUCAAGACCCUAGUGCAGCAUGGCAUGGACAUGUUCUAUGAAUCAGCAUGGGAAGACGACCCACAACCAGUUCUGCUCGCGGCCAAGAGUGGUAACGGUGAAAUCUUGGAUAUGCUUCUGCAAGCCGGCUUUACCGCAGACUUGGCCGAGGACAUGUAUGGGCGAACGGCGUUGAUGUUUGCCGCUGCAAAAGGCUACGAAUCCAUAGUCCGAAUCUUGCUGGCGAGGCAGGAUCAUCAUCUGGAAAGUGAGGAUGAUACAGGAAAGAAUGCACUCGCAUAUGCGAUCAAGGGAGGACAUGAAACCAUUGCCGAGAUGCUACGGCAGGCAGGUUUGAGCGAAGAACGAGAUGAAGCGCAGUCCGAGACAUCUUCCGCCCCCGCUGGUGACGAUGACGCGGAUAUGGAUACGCAAACGCCUGCUGAUUCUUGCAAUGCGCUGGUAAAAUCAAGCAUGACGCAGGGGACAAAGAACGAGGAGGCAGUUCGCCAGCAUGAUGAGCCCGUCCCGAGAGCCAUUGACAGUGGUAAACAAGACGCGCUCUUAUCAGCUAUACAGAGUAAAGAUGUUCAUACCGCACAUACAUUGGCAAGACAGAGUGGGAUAGAUGGUACUGCCCUGGAUAUCAUGGGCAUGUCCCCUUUACUGUGGUCGGUCAAGUCCAAUAUGCCAUCAGUGACACGAACGCUCAUGGCCACAACACACGCGCUACACGUGGACAGGCAGGGUCGGAAUCUCAUCCACCACGCAGCCAUGGCGGAUAACGGUGAAAUUUUCCCACUUCUCGUGAAAAUGGGGGUUCCCGUUGACGAGCCAGACAAAUCCGGCCGAACACCGCUCUCGUACGCUGCGGAGCUGGACCGGGUCGCCAUUGUCAAGUUGCUUCUGCAGAACACUGCCGUGGACGUCAACCGUGCCGACGAAUUUGGGCGCACGCCACUUUCAUAUGCCGCAGGCGGCGGCUCGGACCAGACAAUACAACUACUACUGGAGAGACCCGGGAUCAAAGUGACUUUGGCCGCUGACAAUGGACGGACACCGUUGUCAUACGCCUGCAUUCAUUCGACCUCGUCGGCACCGACGUUUGAGCUGUUGAGCGCCGCCGACGCUUCUGUUGCCGACGUUGUGGACAAGAAUGGCCGGACUCCCAUCUCGUGGGCUGCAGGUUCGGGUUCCGCCGCUGUAUGCUCUCGGCUCAUUGCCCUAGGAGUCGACGUCGAACACAUGGAUAAAAAUAAAAGAACCCCUCUAUCUCUUGCAGCUGAACGGGCCUACGACGAUGUCGUGCGUGUGCUCCUCGAAACACGGCGGGUUGACAAGAUGUCCAAAUGUGCAGCUGGACGGACACCGCUGGACUGGGCAGUACGCGAGUUCUCCGAGCUGGAUGGGCCCUGCUUCGACUGGCACAGGCGCGAGGAACGGAAAUGGGCCAUUGCCUAUAUGCUCAUCACAGGGGACUUGGAUCAAGUCCCAACCGUCACGUCAAUCGAAAGGCUUCUCAAAGAGGCUGUUGAGCUUGACAAGCCGCAGGUCAUCUCGCAGCUCAUUCCCACUCACUUGGCAAAGGACAUAUACUCUCCCUUGGAGUUGGUUGAGCAUGCCAUGGAGCACGGGUCCGAUGAGACGGUGAGAGCCGUCAUCACGGCUUUGGCAAAAACCGAGAUUGAAGUGCCUCAUGCGUCUAUUCUGUCUAGUGCAGCUUCCGCUGGGAGGACUGUACUGGUUGAAGAGCUCCUCAGCAAGAAGAAGGCGUCGGAGACUGGUGAUCAGAGUCUCAUCUCUCAAGCCGCUGCCAAUGGGCACAUAGAGACGAUACAAAUGCUUCUUGAAAAGGGUACAGAUGUCAACCAAGCGGAUGGAGAAGGGAAGACACCCCUUAUGUUGGCGGGCAUGCAUGACCAAGAAGAAACUAUAAAUAUGCUUCUUGAAUCCCCGGGGAUUAAUGUCAAUGCUGUGGACAACGAUGGACGGACAGCUGUGUCUCAUGCGGCCGGUGCUUGGUACCCUGGAUGUUUGAAGUUACUCCUGGCAGAUCCGAGGGUGGAUGCGAAGCGGCAAGAUUCCCAAGGCCGAUCGCCACUGUGGUAUGCUGUCGCUGCGUGGCGUCGCAAGGCCAUCUGCGCCCUGUUAGAGGCUGCAUAA